AAUUACUUAAAAUAAGGUGUAAAAGUUAAGAUGAAUCGCUUAAUAUUCUUCUUCCCUUCUAUUAGCCUCUUUGUUUUCCUAGGAUUAAUUCCAAUAAUAUUCUUGUCGGAUUUGGCGAUAGCACAAAACAGAAUAGAAGUAAAUAAGGUAAAAGUGGGCGUGGUUGUGGACUACAAUGAUAAAUUGUUCGGAAGGAUGGGAUUGAGGUGCAUCAAAAUGGCGCUCUCGGACUUCUACGCAUCUCGCAGUCAUUACAACACAAGGUUGGCGCUUCAGACCAGAGACUCCGACUCCGAUGUUGUUGAGGCUGCUUCUGCAGCUCUAGACCUCAUAAAAAACGUACAAGUACAGGCCAUAAUAGGGCCAAUAACAUCAAUGCAAGCCAACUUCAUCGUCGAUCUCGGCGAAAAAGCUCGAGUACCGAUCAUAUCAUACUCAGCAACAAGCCCUUCUCUCAACAUCCGAAGUUCCUAUUUCUUUCAAGCCACACAAAACGAAGCGUCACAAGUGAAGGCCAUAAGCUCCUUAGUCAAGGCAUUUGGAUGGAAACAAGUUAUUCCCAUUUACACAAAUGACGAUUAUGGUGAAGGCCUAAUUCCCUUUCUGACUGACGCUUUGCUUGAAGUCGACGCUCAUAUCUCUUAUAGAAGCGUCGUUUCGAAUGGCGACGAAAAGGAACUCGAUGAAGAGCUUAAGAAAUUGAUGACUAUGCAAACGAGAGUUUUCAUUUUGCACACCAACGUUUCUCUAGGGACAAGGACUUUCGCCAAGGCAAGAGAGAUCGGAAUGAUGGGAGAAGGGUAUGUUUGGAUUGUGACAAAUGGGAUGACCAAUUUGUUGAGUUCAAUAGAACCUUCGGUUGUCGGUACGAUGAGUGGGGUAUUGGGGAUAAAGACUUAUGUUCCGGAGACCAAAGGGCUUAAGAAUUUCAGAGAUAAAUGGAAAACUCGAUUUGAAGGUGAUAAAUUGAAUGUGUUUGGAUUGUGGGCUUAUGACGCGGCUAAGGCGUUGGCCAUUGCGGUUGAAUACGUUGGGAAGAGUGGCAAGUUUGGCUUCAGAAAGGGCCAAAAGGUUGAGGGAAAUUACUCAACUGACCUUGACGCAUUUGGGGUCUCUCAAAAUGGUACACAACUUCAUGAAGCACUAUCAAAUGUGACAUUUAAGGGCCUUGCUGGAGACUUUAGGAUUGUUAAAGGGCAAUUACAUUCUUCCACUUAUGAGAUAAUCAAUAUUGCUAAUGUAAAUGGGGAAAUUAAGAGGGUUGGAUUUUGGACGCCAAGAAAUGGACUAGCAAAGAGUUUGAGUUCAACAAAAAAACUUAGCAAGGAGUAUAAUACUUCCAAAGACAAUUUAGGUAACAUUACAUGGCCAGGAGGAUCUAAGAGCGAUCCCAAAGGAUGGGAGAUUCCGACAAAUGGGAAGAAACUGAAAGUGGGUGUUCCAUUGAGAGGCGGUUUCACAGAGUUUGUUCGUGUCACAAAUAAUGCCGACAACACCCCAAAUGUCACGGGGUAUUGCAUAGACAUUUUCAAGGCUGUAAUGGAAGAGUUACCAUAUAAAGUUGACUAUGAGUUCAUUCCAUUUGUGAAUUCUAGUGGUGGGAGUAAUGGUACUUACGAUGAUAUGGUUUAUCAAGUUUAUCUCAAGAAUUUUGAUGCUGCGGUGGGAGAUACGACGAUCAGAGCCAAUAGAUCAUUGUAUGUUGACUUCACAUUGCCAUACACAGAAUCUGGCGUGUCAAUGAUAGUGCCAGUCAAAGAUAAAGUAAACAAAAAUGCAUGGGUGUUUUUGAAGCCUUUGACAUGGGAUCUCUGGGUGACAAUUGCUUGUUUUUUUGUGUUCAUCGGAUUCGUCGUUUGGAUUCUUGAACACCGGAUAAAUGAGGAAUUUCGGGGGCCUCCGUCGCACCAAAUCGGCACCAGCUUCUGGUUUUCCUUCUCAACUAUGGUCUUUGCACAUAGGGAGAGAGUUAUUAGCAACUUGGCAAGGUUUGUGAUAACAAUAUGGGUGUUCGUGGUGCUAAUUCUGACACAAAGUUACACUGCGAGUCUGACAUCACUCUUGACAUCCCAACAACUCCAGGCUACUGUUACCAACGUUAGCCAACUGAUCAAGAAUGGAGAUAAUGUUGGUUAUUUAGAAGGUUCUUUUGUCUAUGGAAUGUUAAAAGGUUUAGGCUUUAAUGAUUCUCGUCUCAAGGUUUUUAAGUCUCCAAAAGAACUCCACGAAAAAUUUUCAAAUUACCCAAGUGCACAUGAUGGUAUUGCUGCUGCAUUUGAUGAGACUCCUUACGUGAAGCUCUUUCUUAGAAAAUACUGCUCCAAAUACACCUUGGCUGACCCAACAUUUAAAGCUGAUGGUUUUGGCUUUGUUUUUCCAAGAGGCUCUCCUCUCGUUCCCGACGUAUCGAGGGCAAUACUAAACGUGACCGAGGGCGAGAAACUGAAGAAAAUAGAGGCCAAAUAUUUUGGGACAAAGACAAGCUGUCCAGACCCCAGCAGUACACAAGGCUCUUCCAACAGUAGUCUUGGUCUUGAGAGCUUUUGGGGACUUUUCCUCAUUGCUGGGGUUUCAUCAUUGUGUGCUUUGGCAAUAAAUGUUGUUAUAUUCUUUCAUGGACAAAGAGACGUGAUCGUGAGCUCUACUCCAGCUGAAGCCUCAAUGUGGAAGAGAUUUCAUGUGAUAUGUAAAGUGUUUGAUCAAAAGGACUUGAGUUCACACACUUUUAGAAAGAGCUCUACACAAGCGGCUCAUGGACAAACAAAUGGCAACGUUCACGGUGUUGUUCCUCUUGAGGCCAUUUCAAAUACUAAUAGUCAUCCAAUUAGCCCAUCAAGUUAUUCAGACCACACAGAUUUUAACUUUGUAGUGUUCUCGGAGCAAGAAUCAUCUCCUGCACAUCAUGGGAAUUCGGAUCAAUCAUCUUCUGCUACUGAUCAGUUUUCUGAUGCUCAAAACCACGAGGCAAGGGGUACUAACAGCUCCUGAAAUAUCCCAAAUUGAAAAACAAUUGAUGUAGAACCAAAAUGAUUUUCUAUUCUCAAUUUUUUUUCCCUUCUUUAAACGACUGGUUUACUCAAUAGUGUACCGUUGGUUUACUUUAAUUAUGUGUUUGUGUGGAGGGAGUUCUUU